UGACGGUUCAGCGCUAUGCCACCAUGUCCUGCGGCCUGUCCCCCUCAUAAUUCAACUCUGAACAACAAAGUGUAUUCAGAUCGACUGUAUUGUUAACCAAAUAUCUUCUGUGACGUCUUUGUGCGAGAAGGGUGUGUUUCAUGUCUGGUCAGCGACCCCUGCUGAACCUCGGCCCAAUCUCACCGACACCACCACCGAGUUACGCGGCCGCUCACGACGACGAGGAAGAUGAGAAGGAUGCACCACCCAAACGGUGGUACCAUUAUCUUCCAUUAUGUGCCACAGUGAUAAUGUUGCUUGCGCCGCAUCCCUCAAUGCUUUACGUUCUGGUAAAUUAUCAUCUGAGGAUACUGCACGCGCCGCAUAGGUUCCUUUUGCACUUAUGCAUCACCUAUGCCCUUACAUUCCUGGCCUUUUCCUCCCUUAUCGCUAUUUUGAUAAGGGACCCCGGUCCUGUGAAUGUCGAGAAACGCGAACAGAGUGCGCAGUCGGAAGACAUGAAUGUCCUUCAAGCACUUUUGACUUCAGAUGACGAGGAUAUACACACGCCGGGAAAAUGGUGUCGUAAAUGCUGGGCUCCCAAACCUGAACGUGCUCAUCACUGUUCGCAUUGUCGACGCUGUAUACUGAAAAUGGAUCACCACUGUGCCUGGCUUGGAUAUAAGUGUUUGGGACAUAGGACAUACACUUCUUUCUUGCAUUUUCUUCUAUGCAUUACUUUGCUGGCUCUGUAUAUCUCAGUCUUGUGUUCAUCCGUAGUAUACUUCGCAUUUACCAACCCACUUUCUAUCGACGAAACCACACCAGUGCAUGCAAUGAUGCUUGCAUUCGCUGGUUUCAUGAUCUUGAUUGUCAUAGGCCCAUUCGUUGCUUAUCAUGCCUACUUGGUUUCUACAAACCAAACCACAUUGGAGCAUCUUUCCCCAUUUCUACUACUCCGCCAGCUUCCCAAGCUUCCUGAAGCACCAGCUGGCCAGCAUAGACUCUCUGACCCACCUCUGGAACACGAACUUUCUUAUAGUCAGCGAAGGCUCAUUCGAGAAGCACACGGGCACAUUCGUCAAUAUGACAUAGGAUGGAAGAAGAAUUGGGCUCAGGUCUUAGGAUGGGAUCGACCGUACGGCUGGAUUUACCGAAUAGUCAUUGGCGGUGUAGGGAAGGGCGAUGGACGUAAUUUCCCUCGUAAUCCGCGUGCUGACGACAUGCUAGCUCGUCUUGCAGCGGAUUUGGUCGAUCUGGAUAAAGACCGUUAACGUUCAGACUCUCAAAUGACCUUUUCGUUUAUAUCUACACCGGACUCUUGCUUAUACCUCAUCCCCGGACUUUGCCAUUAUAUUGUAUUCUCUUUACUUGUUACUUAGGCUGAGGGCUUGAUAUCGCGAUGUGUCAGCUGUGGGUGUCAGCUGCGGGCCUGUACUUUUUCGGUUCUGUCAACAUGGACGAACUUUCCAUUGAUUCCUCAUUCAGGGACAUAGAACACGGAAGCAAAAAGCUGAAUUAGCCUGCCCCGCUUUGUUCGGAUGUAUGAGGAUAGGUUUGCAAGAUUCCCAGUGAGUCUAUGAAUAUAUGGUCCACCUCAUUGGAGCCUUCGGAUGGAUAUCUUUCUCGCAGCAUUUAAAUUUACAAUAACGUUUGCCUUCACUG